AUGAAGUUUUCCAACAUUGCUCUCGGAGCUGCGUCCGUCGCAUCGGUCCUGGCGGCCCCCAUUGACGGCGCAAAGGAGAAGCGCGCCGGCAAGUUCCUCUUCACUGGUGUCAACGAGAGCGGUGGCGAGUUCGGUCAGGGUACCCUUCCCGGACAGCUGGGCAAGGAGUACACAUGGCCCAACAAGACUGCCAUUGAUACCCUUAGAGCCCAGGGCCUCAACACUUUCCGCAUCGGAACGAUGAUGGAGCGUAUCAUUCCCGACAAGUUGACUGGCACGAUCAACGAGACCUACUUCUCUGGUCUUGAGGAUGGCUCCUACGCCGUCAUCGACCCCCACAACUACGGCCGCUACUACGGCAACAUCAUCACCAGCUCCGCCGACUUUGGUGCGUGGUGGAAGACGGUCGCCGCCCGUUUCAAGGACAACGACAAGGUCAUCUUUGACACCAACAACGAGUACCACGACAUGGACAACACGCUCGUCCACGACCUGAACCAGGCCGCCAUCACCAACAUCCGCGCGGCGGGCGCCACGAAGCAGAACAUCUUCAUCGAGGGCAACUCGUACUCUGGCGCGUGGCACUGGAUCGAGAGCGGCUCCGGCGACGCCCUCAAGAACCUCACGGACCCGUCCGACUCGACCGGCAAGCUCCUCUUUUACGAGAUGCACCAGUACCUCGACACGGACGGCUCCGGCACCAACGAGGCCUGCGUCAGCAGCACCAUUGGCGCCGAGCGCCUCGCCGUCGCCACCAAGUGGCUUAAGGACAACAACAAGCAGGGCGUUCUCGGCGAGAUUGGCGCUGGUGUCAACACCCAAUGCGAGACUGCCGUCAAGGGUGCCCUCCAGCACCUUGCGGACAACUCUGAGCAGUGGAGAGGUGUAAGUGUGCUCUGGUGGGCUGCUGGACCUUGGUGGGCGGACUACAUGUACUCCAUGGAGCCCACGACUGGAAAGGCGUACGGGACUUACCUCCCGAUCCUCAAGAGCUUCAUUUGA